UUCUGCUAUCUGCGUAUCGCGAGAGUAAGAGAAAAGGUUUUUGAGAAGGAAAAGGGGGUGAGCGUCGAACUUGGAGCUGGACAGAAAGUACAGGAGGAGAUAAAAAUCUGAUCAGUCCCAGUAUAGUUUUCAAACUGCUCUAAAUAUCAUUUAAAGCGGAGUAUCGGUAUUAAAUCUGCACAUUUUCUGUGGAAUACUAAAAUAUGGCUAACUUUAAAUAAUUUUCCAGUCGUUUUGUUCUGCUCGAGGUUUUAUGCCUCAUUUCUUUCCUUUUUAAAAAUGUUUAUCCAGUAAUGUACCAGCUGUAUAAAAACCAUUAGCAUUUUUUCUUGGGCGGGACUGAAGACUUUUGCUCCUAUUGGAGAGAAGUUUUGUCCAUAAGAGCGGGGGAACGGAGAAGCCUGUUGGAUUGGGAAGAGAACCACUUCAUUAGAAACGCCUUAUUGUACUUUUUAAAGUGGAGUACUACAGUCCGUACACUUAAAGAAGAGAACCUGAGCAAUAGCAGUAUGUUGCGCGGAAGGUUGCAGACUUUAGCUCUGGGACUCGCCGCUGUCUUGUCGCUGACUGUCACUGCUGCAGAUGGCUCCGCGGCAGACGGUGACAUCGACAAGGAAGUUGUACCGAGAGCAAACCGGGCUAAGAGGAGAGGUGGAGGUCAAGAAGUGCUGAAGGGGCCCAACGUGUGUGGAUCCCGUUUCAAUGCCUACUGCUGCCCCGGAUGGAAGACCCUUCCUGGAGGAAACCAGUGCAUUGUCCCAAUCUGCCGUAGCUCCUGCGGGGAUGGAUUUUGUUCCAGACCCAAUAUGUGCACCUGCCCGAAUGGACUGGUCGCUCCAUCCUGUGGUUCAAAGUCAGUCCAGCACUGUAGCACUCGCUGCAUGAAUGGAGGCAGCUGUGAGGAGGACCACUGCCGGUGUCAGAACGGCUUCUCUGGGGCAAACUGUGGCCAGCCGGUGUGUGAAAUGGGAUGUUUGAACGGGGGGCGGUGUAUCGCCCCAAACCGCUGUGCCUGCACCUAUGGCUUCACUGGGACCCAGUGUGAGAGAGAUUACCGGACCGGGCCCUGCUUUUCCACCGUCAGUAACCUGAUGUGCCAGGGCCAGCUGACGGGCAUCGUGUGCACCAAGACACUGUGCUGUGCCACUGUGGGGCGCGCCUGGGGACACCCCUGUGAGAUGUGCCCCACCCAGCCCCGCCCCUGUCGCCGUGGUUUUAUUCCAAACCACCAAACGGGAGCUUGUCAAGAUGUGGACGAGUGCCAGGCCAUUCCUGGACUGUGCCGGGGAGGGAACUGCAUUAACACCAUCGGCUCCUUUGAGUGCAAGUGCCCUGCAGGACACAGGUUCAGCGAUGUCACUCAGAAAUGUGAAGAUAUCGACGAGUGCACCGCCAUCCCUGGGGUCUGCAUUGUGGGCGAGUGUGCCAACACUGCCGGGAGUUACUUCUGCAAGUGUCCCCAGGGGUACUACACCCCUGUCGAUGGUUCCAGAUGCAUAGAUGCGCGCAGCGGCUACUGCUACUCCAGCCUGCUGAAUGGCCGCUGUGCCAACCAGAACUCCCAGCUCCUCACUAAGAUGCAGUGCUGCUGCGACAGUGGAAGGUGCUGGUCCUACGGGAUCGCCCCCGAGAUAUGCCCUGCCCGGGGAACAGAGGAACACCACAGGCUGUGCUCUCAGGUCCAGAUUGUUGUACCUGGGCUGCCAGAUGGCCCUGGGUUCCCAGGUCCAGGACCGGGUCCAAUUCCAGGUCCAGGUCAAAUUCCAGGUCCAGGUCCGGGUCCGGGUAUCGGUCCUUAUCCACAGCCAGGGCCAACUUGGCCAGAAUUACCCCAACCUUCAAUUGUUCUGCCCCGGAACAUCACCACCAUGUGCGAGGCCUACAGGAACCUGUGCUUGAAUGGCCGUUGCAUCCCCAUUCCUGGGAGCUAUCGCUGCGAGUGUAACAUGGGCUACAAGCUGGACUUGAGGGGGGAGUGCAUCGAUGAGAUUGAGUGUGAUAGGAACCCCUGUAAGCACGGGGAGUGUGUGAACACUGCUGGCUCCUACUUCUGCCACUGCCCACCCGGCUUCCAGAGCACUGCCACCAGGACAGAGUGCCGAGAUCUGGACGAGUGUGUGGCGAACGGGCGAAUCUGCAACAACGGCCGCUGUGUCAACACUGAGGGCAGCUUCCACUGCGUCUGCAACGCCGGCUUCGAGGUCACCGCCGACGGCAAGAACUGCCAAGAUCAGGACGAGUGCCGCAACAGUAAUAUGUGUAUGAACGGCAUGUGCAUCAACGAGGACGGCAGCUUCAAGUGCAUCUGCAAGCUGGGUUAUCGCCUGGACCGCACUGGCCGAUUCUGCAUAGACAUUGACGAGUGUGAAACUCAGGGAAUGUGCAUGAACGGCCACUGUGUCAACACGGACGGCUCCUUCAGGUGCGACUGCAUGGCCGGCCUGGCCGUGGGAUUGGACGGGCGAGUCUGUGUGGACACCCACAUGCGCAGCACGUGUUACGGAGGCUACAAGCGGGGCCAGUGUGUGAAGCCCCUCUUCGGUGCUGUCACCAAGUCGGAGUGUUGCUGCGCCAGUGCGGAGUUUGCGUUUGGGGAACCAUGUCGACCGUGCCCAUCCCUGAGUUCAGCUGAAUACUCCGCUCUCUGCAGCCAUGGACCAGGAACCACUAGUGAUGGCCGAGAUAUAAAUGAGUGUGCUCUGGAUCCAGACAUAUGUCAGAAUGGAGUUUGUGAGAACAUGCUGAGGGGCUACAGGUGCAACUGUAACCUGGGCUUUGAGGUGGACUCGUCAGGCCAGCACUGCAGGGAUAUUGAUGAGUGUGCUGCUAACAGUCUCCUGUGCGAUAAAGGCCAGUGUAGGAACACCCCAGGCAGCUUUACCUGCCACUGUCCCAAGGGCUACAGGUUCGACUCAGAGACCGACGUGUGUGAAGAUAUUGAUGAGUGUGAGUCAAACCCCUGUGUGAACGGGCAGUGCAGGAACAAUCAGGGGUCCUUCUUCUGCCAGUGCCCUUUAGGCAGCACCACGGACAGCUCUGGAACCCAGUGUGUGGAAACGACCAAAGGGACGUGCUGGCUGAGGCACAUUGACGGGAGGUGUGAGGUCAAUAUUAACGGGGCCACGCUAAAGUCACACUGCUGCGCCACGCUGGGGGAAGCCUGGGGCAGCCCCUGUUCCCCCUGUACCAAAGAUCCUGUUUGUGCCAAAGGGUAUGCCCGAGUCAGAGGGACAGUCUGCGAAGAUGUAAAUGAAUGUGAGGUGUUUCCGGGAGUUUGCAUCAAUGCGAAGUGUGUGAACACCGAAGGCUCCUUUAUCUGCCAGUGUCCCAGUGGCAUGACUGUGGACUCCACUGGCAGAACUUGCAUUGACCUGCGCUCUGAGCAGUGUUAUCUGACUCAUGCGGAUGAGCGUUGUGGGGCUCCCAUCCCCGGGAGGCACCGUGUCGAUGCGUGCUGCUGCUCAGUGGGCGUGGCCUGGGGGACGGAGUGUGAUGAGUGCCCGCAGAAGGGCACACCAGAAUUCGCCCAGCUCUGCCCCCGCGGGCCCGGCUACUCUCACCGCGGUGACAUCAUCAAUGGCAAACCCUUCCUCAAAGAUAUUAAUGAGUGUAAGAUGAUUCACACUCUCUGCACUAAUGGAAGAUGCCGGAACACUGUGGGCAGUUUCAGGUGCCACUGUGAUAAUGGAUUUGCCCUGGACAACUAUGAGAGGAAUUGCACAGACAUUGAUGAAUGCCGGAUUAUGCCGGAAGUCUGCGGCCAAGGCACCUGUGUGAACACGCCAGGAGACUUCAAGUGCGACUGCUUCGAGGGCUACGAGAGCGGCUUCAUGAUGAUGAAGAACUGCAUGGACAUCGAUGAGUGUGAGAGAAACCCUCUGCUGUGUCGGGGUGGGGACUGUAUGAACACAGAGGGCAGCUUCCAGUGCACCUGUCCCAAUGGGCAUGAGAUUGCUGUGGAUGGGUCUGCCUGUCUGGACAUUAAUGAGUGCGAGCUGAGCGAUACGCUGUGCAGGAAUGGGCAGUGUGUGAACCUGAUUGGAGGCUACCAGUGCUCCUGUGACACUGGAUACAAAUCUACAGAGGAUCACCUCUCCUGUGUUGAUAUCGAUGAAUGCACCAUCCAGAAUGGAGGUUGUGAUACCUUCUGCACAAACUCAGAGGGAAGCUAUGAGUGCAGCUGCCAAAGUGGCUAUGCCCUCAUGCCUGACCACAGGAGCUGCACAGAUAUUGAUGAGUGUGAGGAGAAUGCGGACAUCUGUGAUGGAGGCCAAUGCACCAACCUCCCGGGGGAAUACCAGUGCCUCUGCUUCGACGGCUUCAUGGCAGCCGAGGAUAUGAAGACGUGUCUUGACGUGGACGAGUGCGACUUAAACCAAAACAUCUGUCUGAAUGGGAACUGUGAGAACACCAAGGGCUCCUUCAUCUGCCACUGUGAUCUGGGCUACUCUGUCCGGAAGGGCUCUACGGGCUGCACAGACAUAAACGAGUGUGAGAUCGGGGCUCAUAACUGCCACAGGCACUCCUCCUGCACGAACACAGCUGGCAGCUUUAAGUGCAGCUGUGGAGUCGGCUGGAUUGGAGAUGGGAUCAAGUGUACAGACCUGGAUGAGUGCUCCAACGGCACCCACAUGUGCAACCACAACGCGGACUGCAAGAACACCAUGGGCUCGUACCGCUGCGUGUGCAGGGAGGGGUUCAGUGGAGAUGGCUUCUUCUGCAGCGACAGUGACGAGUGUGCGGAGAAUGUGAACCUGUGUGAGAGCGGCCACUGCCUGAACGUGCCCGGGGGCUACCGCUGCGAAUGUGACAUGGGCUUCAUCCCCACCGCCGACGGCAAGGCCUGCGAUGACAUAGACGAAUGCACCUUUGCUGACAUCUGUGUCAAUGGCAGGUGCCAGAACAUUCCAGGGCUCUUCAGGUGCGAGUGCUAUGAAGGGUUUGAGCUGGACAGGAGCGGAGGAAACUGUACAGAUACCAACGAGUGCGCUGACCCAACCAUCUGCAUUAGCGGCAUAUGCGUCAACACUCCUGGCAGCUACCUCUGCAACUGCCCCCCGGACUUUGAGCUGAACCCCACCCGAAUCGGCUGUGUGGAUACUAGAUCAGGGAACUGCUACCUGGAUGUGCGUUCUCGCGGGGAUGCCUCUGAGAGCCUGGACUGUUCCAAUGAAAUCGGCGUGGGGGUGUCCAAGGCCUCGUGCUGCUGCUCCAUGGGACAGGGUUGGGGAAACCCGUGUGAGGCCUGCCCCCACCUCAACUCCUCUGCUUACAAGGUCCUGUGUCCCGGAGGAGAAGGGUUCAGACCCAACCCCAUUACUGUCAUUGUGGAAGAUAUAAAUGAAUGUCAGGAGCUACCGGGCCUGUGCCAGGGCGGGAAGUGCAUCAACACAUUCGGCAGCUUCUUCUGCGAGUGUCCUAAGGGCUACGCACUGAACGAGGAAACCCGCAUCUGUGAGGAUGUGAAUGAGUGCGAACGACCGGGAAUCUGUGGACCGGGCCAGUGCUACAACACCAUUGGAAACUACACCUGCAUUUGCCCCGCGGACUACAUGCAAGUCAAUGGAGGAAAUAACUGCUUGGACAUGCGGAGGAGUCUGUGCUACAGAAACUUUUACUCUGACAACAGCACCUGCGAUGGAGAGCUCGCCUACAACAUGACCAAGAAGAUGUGCUGCUGCUCCUACAACAUCGGCCGGGCCUGGAACCAUCCCUGCGAACAGUGUCCAAUUCCCAGCACCAAUGAGUUUACCAUCCUGUGUGGCAGUGAAAGAGUAGGAUAUUACAUCGACAUUUACACUGGACAGGUUAUAGACAUCGAUGAGUGCCGCGAGAUCCCCGGCGUUUGCCAGAACGGCGUGUGCAUCAACAUGAUAGGCAGCUUCCGCUGCGAGUGCCCCAUGGGCUUCGUCUAUGACGACAAGCUGCUUAUCUGUGAAGACAUUGACGAGUGCCAGAAUGGCCCGGUGUGCCAGCGAAACGCCGUUUGUGUCAAUCUGCCCGGGAGUCACCGCUGUGAAUGCAAGCCCGGCUACCGCUUCGCCCCCAAUGGCCAGUGUCUUGAUCGGAAUGAAUGUUUGGAGAUCCCGAACGUUUGCAACCCGGGGCAGUGUGUAGAUACCGUGGGGAGCUACCGCUGCAUCUGCCCCAAUGGAUACAAGCCGACGGCAGACUCCUCCAUGUGCAUCGAUGCGGAUGAGUGUGAGAGGCAGCCGUGUGGGAAUGGGACCUGUAAGAACACCGUGGGCUCGUACAGCUGUCUCUGUUACCCGGGUUUCCAGCUCUCCCACAACAACGACUGUAUCGACCAGGAUGAAUGCACCACACUGAGAGGUCUGUGCAGGAAUGGUGACUGCAUCAACACGCUGGGGUCCUUCAUCUGCUUUUGCCGCGAUGGGUUUGAGCUCUCGUCCGACGGGCGGACCUGCGUGGAUGUUAAUGAGUGUCAGGUGAAUCCUGGAACCUGUGGCCCUGGAAAAUGUGACAACCUGGAUGGCUCCUACAGGUGCAUUUGCCCACCUGGGUUCUUCCUGGAAGAUGAGACUUGUAAAGAUGUGGACGAGUGCAGACAGACGCCAGAUUUGUGUACGUUUGGCACCUGCACCAACACGGAUGGCAGCUUCAAGUGCGUGUGUCCCCCAGGCUUCCAGCUCUCCUCCACAGGGAGUAGGUGUAACGAUGUCCGGGUGAACUACUGCUUCUCCAAGUUUGAGACUGGAGUUUGCCAGUCCCCCCAGCCCAUCAACACCACCAAGGCAUGGUGCUGCUGCGGCGUAAUGCCGGGACAAGGAUGGGGCGACCCCUGCGAAAUCUGCCCCACUGCGGAGGACGAGGCUUACAGUUUGCUCUGCUCUGGGACCGGCCAUUUCACCAGGCCAGACGGUGAAACUGUAGAUAUAGACGAGUGUGCAGACAAUCCUGGCAUCUGCAGGAACGGGCAGUGCAUUAACACGGACGGCUCCUUCCGCUGUGAGUGCUCCUUCGGAUUCCGACUCGACUUCACCGGGAUCAACUGUGAAGAUACGAAUGAGUGUGAGCUGGGCAACCCGUGUGGCAACGGGACAUGCACCAAUGUGGUCGGAGCGUUCGAGUGCACGUGUGACGAGGGCUACGAGCCUGGGCCGAUGAUGACCUGUGAAGAUGUGAAUGAGUGUUCCCAGAAUCCUUUGCUCUGUGCGUUUCGCUGUGUCAACACGGAGGGGUCCUAUGAGUGUAAAUGCCCCACUGGCUAUGUCCUACGCGAGGACGGCAGAAUGUGCAAAGGUGAGUCAUUACGUGUCUUGACUAUUUUGCUGUGAUUGUUUGCUGUUCUG